CCUCCCCGGUGCUGGUUGCAUGCACCUACUAGUAGCCUACUCACACACUCGAAAGCUAGAAUCCUCCCAUCGCCGUCUCUCCGUCUCCGUCCUCCGCUGCCGUCCGCAACCUCGCCGCCGACGAGACCCGAGGCAAGGAGAGGAGGGGGAGGUGUUGGUAGGCUUGGUGUUCACGUCGGGUGGGGGUAGCGGAGGGGAGCGGGGCCAGCCGUCUGGGGGGCAUGGGGGAUGUAGUGGAGGAGGCGGACCUCGCGGACCCGAACCCGGACGUGCAGGACCUGUUCCAGCACUACGACCGCCUCUACUUCCGGGGCGCGCUCGCCGGCGCCGGCUUCAUCGUCAAGUGGGCUUCCUCGCCAGCCUUCAGUUCCUUUGGAUCUUGCACCUUUUCUAAACCGCGCAAUACCAUAACACUCUCCGAGCCGGUUCUGAAGUAUCUCUCAUGCACUGACCGGAAGAAUGCAUUGCUGCAUGAAAUGAUUCAUGCAAUCAUAUAUGUUAAGCAUCACAGGAAGGACCGCUCCCAUGGCCCUCUUUUCCGUGCUUGGAUGGAUGCUAUUAAUUCGUGCUCAAUAAAAGAUCACCAGAAACCAGAUGGUGGGUACAAUAUCACCACCCGCCAUGAUUUCAGUCCAGAAGAGCCCCACAGCCUUUUGAAGGGUACCUUGUGGAAGUGCGGAUCUUGUGGAGAUACACAUUUUAGGGCUACAAACCAGGGUCCUCCGUCUGAUGCCUGCUGCAUUGAGAAUGUUAAAAGUGGCACACCUUGUGGAAACAUGCUUUGUCACUGGCACAACCACAAGAAUGAUUGUCGUGGCACGUACGAAAAAACAAAGUUGGAAUCAGAUGCACUAUCUCAAAAGAAGGUUCCAGGAGGUGCUCAGUUACUUCUGACUUCCCCAUCAGAAAUGUCCAAGUCAAAAGGAGCCAUUCAAGAAUCCAGUUCGUCUGCGUUGCAGGGGAAUACUAAAGCCACAAAACCAAGUGAUGAAGACAAGCAUAUUCCUCUAGUGAGUGGUAGCAAUGGGAAACCUCAGGGGAGUAGUUCCGUGAAGAAGGCAGGCAAGAGGCGCUGGCCAGAAGUUGUUCCAGAAACAAGUGUUCUCCUUGCUGAAUUUCCAAGAAAAUCAAAGGGGAAGCAAGAUUUGGUUGCAGCAGAGGACGACCUUUUCUCUCUAGUCAGUUGCGGCGCUCCAAAGUCUUCAAGAAGUAGCAAGAAGGUUGUCAAGGCAGACAUGCAGCGUAAGCCUGAGGAUGUUCAGAAACCCAGUGGUCUGCCUGCUUCGCCCCAAGGAAAACCGAAUCAGAAGAAAGUUGGCAAGCAGCAUAAGCCUGAUGAUCAGAAACCCAGUGUUUUACCUUCUACACUCCUAGGAACACCAAAACUGAAGCAUGCAUUGGUCACAACAGAGAAGGACAAGCCUUUCUCAGCAGAGGGCUGCAAUGAUACAAAAUCGCUGGGAAGCACCUCAAAGAAAGCAGAAGAGCAGCAUGAGCCCCAGAUCGCUCAGAAAGCUUGUUCUCAGACAGCUUACCCUCAGAAAAUACUGAAGCCAGACUUGGUUGCACUGGAGAAGAAAGAACCUUCCCCUACAAUGGGCUGUAGCAAUGAAAAGUUACUGGACAGGAGCUCCUCAAAGAAGGCACACAGGCAGCAUGAGCCUGAAGACAUUAGGAAAACCAUUCUGCCAGCUGCCUUAAAGAAAGCAGGAGAGUGGCAUGAGCCCCAGAUCGCUCAGAAAGCCUGUUCUCAGCCAGCUUACCCUCAGAAAAUACUGAAGCAAGAAUUGGCUGUACUGGAGAAGAAAGAACCUUCCCCUACAAUGGGAUGCAGCAAUGAGAAGUUACUGGACAGGAGCUCCUCAAAGAAGGCACAUAGGCAGCAUGAGCCUGAAGACAUUAGGAAAACCACUGUUCUGCCAGCUGCCCCUGGAAGUAAACCGAAGGCAUCAGGCUUUGUUGCAUCAGGGAAUCAGCGAAAGGGAAAAUGCAAAAGGAAGCCUGUGAGGGAAAAGGAGUAUGCUGUGAUGAGUGCGUAUUUGGACUACUAUGAAUCAGACAGGUCAAGCGGAUCAACCGAGUCCCUUGUAAACAAAAGAACAGAGCGAAGAAAAAGAGAAAGAGAAAGAGCAAGAAUUCUGACUUAUUCACGUUCGAAGAAGCUUAACCCUGCUGCACCAUUGGUCUACUCUAGGACAAAUGCCUCAGUCAGUAGCCACAGAAUCGAGAUGUUGCCUCACAGGGAUGGACUGAUACAACAGUCCCUGCCACCACCUCCAUGCUCGGACAAUGCUAUUCUUACUACUGCUAACCAGGUGGUGGUGACUGAAGCCACUGGAGAUCAUUCCGAGCCGUCUGCUCCAUGCCUGGAUAUUGUUCCACUUCAGCCAGCUGAACCACCCGGUUUAACUCCUCCAGACCAAAGCACUGCCCCUGACAUAAUAGAUAUUUCCGAUGAUGACUUGCCAUGAUACUUUUUUUCGGUGAUGAUAGCUUGGCUCAUUUUGGAUGGUUGCCGGGCUGCUCAUUGGUACCAAUCCUGCGACAGGCGAUGUCGCAUGGAUGAGCAACCAGCACACUGGACGUGGACAGUAUGCCAUGGUGUUUUGGAAGUGACAUAGUGUUUUUUCAAAAUAGAAAGGAAGUGACAUAGGUCUGGUUAGCUCUGGCAAUAUUGUCUCAGGAGCAUAGUCACGUAUCUGUAGCAUGUAACGUUGAACUGUUUCGUUGCCUAAGUGUUUCUCUCAUGUUUCGUCCAACGUCUGAAUAUAUUUAUGACGUCCUGGUUCUAAAGCCUCCA